GAGUACGAGUGAAUUGCUUCUGCUACAACCGCGAUUAUUUGCUAUUUUAAAUUCAUUUGGAAAAAUCGCUGUUGCGUGUGCGCUUAUCCGGACGUUCGUUUUUUCUGCUAACACGAUUAAGUUUCUGUGAAAGAAGGAAGUGUACAAUUUAAUCUGUUUUAUUACUGGCCAUGUGGCUAGACGUUACGCGUUUUUAAUAUGUGCAUCCUUCAAGAUAUAAUACUUUUCUAUCUACCACGAUGAUGUGCAAGACAUUAAAAACAGAAAUCCAGUAUCUUGUCAAUAUUUUCUGAUGAUGGAAUUUGAAUAUUACUUUUUGGUACAAAGUUGCUUGUUAUUUUCUCAAGAGUUUGUCGGUGACAAAUCCUUAUAGAGAUUGUGCGCGUGAUGUUUAUAAAGAAAAUCUCAGACAGAGUGGACGCAGUCUUUUUAGUGAGCAAGUCUGAAGAAUUGGGUGAAGGAAAAAUUGUAAGGUGUGUCAAAAGUAAAUUUGUGGCUCGCAACGAUGGCUGUGAGAAAUAUCGCUCACGAGUACACGGUGGAGAUAAAGGAUGAAAGGAAAAGGACGGAGGAUCACAGUUUUAGUGAUUCCUCCAGUGAGCUGGAAGACCAUUUUCCUUUGAUCAGACAGAAUCAUGUCCCAUCCAAGGUGAAUAAAGCGGGGCGAAUUCACAACAACAGAAUCAAUUCCUCGAGCCUUCUUACGGACCUAAUGACGAAGAACAAGCGUCGCAAUUGGCGUCGUCUGCUGGCUGGGGGAUUAAUUGCGAUUGUCGUACUGGCUCUAGUGAUCACGGCAGCUAUUCUACUCACCGGUGGUCCCAAUUCCUCUGAAUCUAAAACGCCAACUGCAGCCGGCAUCUCCCUCGAAGAAUGGCUCCAUGGCUCGCUGUCGACGAAAAGCUUUAAUGGCACCUGGAUGAGUGAUGAUGAAAUCCUCUACCGGAAUGAAAGAGGUAGUUUGCUGGUUUACAAUGUCACUUCCCGGAAGACCAAAGUGCUAUUGGAUUCGAGCAACGAGGGAUUAGCAGUGAGUUUUGAUCAUCAGAUUUCUGCUGACCACAAAUACUUGCUGUUGGCUUCGUCCUACCAGAAGCUCUAUCGCCAUACGUACCUGGCCCACUACAAGAUCGUAAAUCUGGAAACUCUAAAAGAGUUUGACUUUCCUAGUCAUAAUGCGUCGGUGCCUUUGCAACUAGUUACUUGGGGCCCCAAAGGAAAUUCUUUGGUCUACGUUUAUCAAAACAAUAUUUUCUAUCGACCAAAAGUUGAGGAUGAGGAAGAUUAUCAAGUCACAACGUCUGGAGUAUUUGCUAGUGUCUACAAUGGAGUACCUGACUGGGUUUACGAAGAGGAGGUAUUCAGCUCUAACAAGGCACUAUGGUUCUCUCCGAGUGGUACGAAAUUGGCCUUCGGCUACUUCGACGACAAGAAUACACCAAUAAUGAGCAUCCCCUUUUAUGGGUAUCCAGGCAGCAUUUCGUUCCAAUACACAUCAGUCAUCCCCAUUCAUUAUCCAAAGAGCGGCACGACUAAUCCAACAGUGAAGUUGUUUUGCGUCGAUUUGGAGGAUAUAAUUAAAAAGAACGGAACAACUCCAAUCGAAAUAGAAAGUCCUCCUCAUCUAAAAAAUAAGCAGACUAUUCUUUCUGCAGUAGAUUUUCCAACUGAAAACCUCUUAUCUGCAACUUGGAUGAAUCGAGUUCAGAACGAAGCCUACUUUCAUCUGUGUGAUGUCAUCACUCAAAAUUGUACAACGGUUCUAUCUUAUACCGAGGCGAAUGGCUGGGUCGAUCAAUUUGCACCUCCAGUCUUCAGCAAGGAUGGAGCAGCAUUCCUUUUGAUCUUACCGCAGAAACAAAGUGACAAGGGCGAUUGGAAGCAUUUAGUACUUGUUUCGAAUGCAACCACGGAUGCCAAAACCACUGCUCUAACUUCUGGCACCUUCGUUGUCACCGAAAUUGUCUCCUGGGAUCAAGAAAACCACUUCGUGUAUUAUUUAGCAACGUCGGAAAAGGAUCCUGCUCAACAGCACCUGUAUCGAGUAUCCUUAUUGGAUCGGCGUCGAAAAUCAAAGUGUCUGAGCUGCAACGUGAAAGGCAAGUCAGACGGAGUUCGAUGUCUCUACAAUCAGGCUCGGUUCUCACCCGAUAAUUCGUACUACGUGCUCACCUGCGCAGGACCUGGAGUACCGGAUAUUUCUAUCUGUGACAAAAACUCAACUAAACUCUUUUCUUGGGAAGAUAACUAUGAGGUAGCCGAACAACUGGCUGAAAAAUCGCUCCCUGUUGUGAAGAGACUCACAGUUCCGGUUCCUGGUGGCUUCGAAGCUCAAGUUCGUUUGAUGAUCCCACCUGAUGUGGAUAUGUCCGGGUCAACGAAAUAUCCGAUGGUUGUCUAUGUAUACGGUGGGCCAGAUUCGAAUCAAGUGACAGAAAAAUUCAACAUCGAUUGGGGAACAUAUUUAGUGACAAAUAAAAGCAUCAUUUAUGCAGCCAUAGACGGAAGAGGUUCCGGAGUGAAAGGAAACAAAAUGCUUUUUUCAGGAUAUCGGCAUUUGGGAACGGUGGAAAUCGAAGACCAAAUAGGCGUGACAAAGUAUCUCAAAGACAAGUUCCCUUUCAUUGAUCGAACCAGAACUGCAGUGUGGGGUUGGAGCUACGGUGGUUAUGCGGCAGGAAUGAUUCUAGCAACUGAUCCGAAUGAUGUUUUCAAAUGUGGAAUGUCGGUAGCUCCCGUAACAGAUUGGGCUCUUUAUGAUUCAAUUUACACGGAGAGGUUUAUGGGUUUGCCGACGUCGUCUGACAAUCUCAAAGGUUACGAGGAAGCUCAGCUUCUUAAAAAGGUGGAUGUGGACAAGGAAAGCGGAUUCAGAAAAAAGGCAUAUUAUUUAAUUCAUGGAACUCUUGACGACAAUGUUCACUAUCAACAGUCCCUGAUGCUGGCCAAAGUUCUAGAGCAAAAAGACAUCUUAUUUAGACAGCAGACUUACACUGACGAAGAUCACGGUAUCGUCCAAUCUCGCAGCCAUCUUUAUCACUCUCUCGAAAACUUUCUAGACGAAUGCUUCGAACCAUCUUCCUGAUCGAAGUUUUUUCAUUGAGGAUCUGUGGAGGAGCAGUGAAACACAAUCUCAAUCACUUCCUGUAAAUAAAUUUUCAAAUGUACAUAGUCUAUGUACAAUAUGUAACAUGAGUGUUCAUGUAAAUAAGGACUGAAGGAGUACUCGAAUCCCGCAAAUAUCUUUGGCGAAUCAAUGUGCCAAGUUGGGUGUAACAAUCGGUUUAUAAAUUGUGUUACAUAUAUAAAAAAUUUCGUUUGUUACACUCCCAAAGGUUUGAAGAAAUCAGACGAUUUCAACCUGCAAUACCUGAUUCAGCGACCUAAAAAUAUUAGAGUUUGUACUUAUUUACGAGUUAGACUCUUCUUAGUACAUGAACAAGUUUUUUAAAGCCAGCUAUUUUAAGAGAAAACUUUGUUACUUAAGAAGUAAUUUUAUAUAUAUACAGGGGCACACACGAGAGUAAGGAUAUAAACUUGUAAACUUCUGAAUAACUCAAUACAUAGACUUACUUGAGCUCGUUUUAUGGAUACUUUCACCAACAAUUUUCAUUAGAGUACCUCAGUUAUGUUCAGUUCUCGGCAUAAAAUGAAGAACAAUGAUUAACGAUUCCUGAUGGAAAUAUUUUUCACUUUGUCAUUAGAAAUACAUUUGUUUAUAUGUAAAAAGUGAUAUGUAUAAACUGAGGUAUGAAUGUAAUUGAAUGAUUCUUGAGAUAUUAUCCCAUUUAUCAUCUACUAGAGAUUAUUUCAUAAGACCUAAUUUUAUAAGGUCUAACUUUUGUCAAAUCUAAGUUAGUAGCGGUUAGAAGUUAACAAUAAUUUCUCAAUUAAUCAUUCAUUUAUUUUUAUCAACUUUAAGAUAGCAUAUCUACAAAUUGUUAUCGUUAAGCCGACGACGACAUUCAAUCUAAUCAGAGAUGUAACGAAACAAAAUGCACAGUAGUGUAAAUAAGCGACUAUCACGUUUAAAAUAUUAAAGUUUUUUAAAUCAAGGACCACUGCAUGCAUUUUUGAGGGUGGAUCAAAGUGAAUUUAUUAAAAUAAUUGUUAAUUCUUAUCUCGAACUCGUUGUACAUACAAGAUUACUUAAUUAACGUAUAACUGAAGUAGAGAAAAUACUGUUGCGACAAAACUGUGCGGACUAACCCGUAGUUUUUCAAAGUUGCUUGGAAAUUCACUACCGAUUAUUUGUUGAGUGUAUUCAAAUAAAGGUCUAUGUUUUAA